AUCUCUAACAGGAAACCGAACAGCUGAUCUGUGUGUUUUUUCCCGACGCUGAGGAGAGCAAAUCAUUGUGAAACGAAUAAUGGUCGCUGAACUGACCCAAUCAGACGGAUCAGCCACCCAGUGAGACGAGUCGAGACUGUAGACGAGACGUCCCCUCCACCCAUACAAAUCGGCAGGAUGCGCCAGCCCAAUUUGUAUGUGAUCCUGUCGCAUGCGCUUAUCGGUUCCGGCUUUUUCUUUCUGUAUGUGCAGCACGUCCGGGUGAUAUUCGAGACGCGCACAAAUAUCCAGCAACUUAAUCAGUUGGAGCGCGAGGCCCUGCUGCGGCGUGAGGAUGCUUUGUAUUUUGCUUUCUACAAGCGGAUGGCAGAAAGUCCGAAUUUUUGGCAUGGAUACGAGCAGCUAAAGAACGUCACAGACAUCGAGUAUCCGCAGAGUGUGAAUGUACUGCAGCGCUUCUAUGUGCUGCCGGAAUUGGUUACUGCAUACUUCUUCCAUAUAGUGCGGGCCGGCUUCAAUCCGAUGGUACAGCCCAUGCAGUUCUACCUGGAGUUCGUGUGGCUCAUGGGCGGUGUCACUUUGCUGGUGCUAUAUCUCUAUGGGACACUGCUUAGCGAAAAUGUCUUUGGUGGCAUAUACGGUGUGAUCUCGUAUCUCAUGUUCCACAGCUUUGUGGCCAAGAUAUAUGAACGGCCACUGGCCAGAGAGAACUUUGCCUUCCCGUUCAUAUUCCUGCAGAUGUUCUACCUUUGCAUUUGCAUUGGACGCAUAAUACACCGCCAACGGCACACGUCGCGUUUGUUUAUGAUCUUUGCCAUGUCAGUGUUUACCGCCUGCGCCAUGCUCUCCUGGCAGUUCUCCACCAUUAUUUUCACCACCCAAAUUAUUAUUGUUAUGACUUCAUGGAACCUGAGCGCCUUGCCUGCUGGCCUGGCCAAUUCCUUUGCCUUUGACUACUCCCUGUCGCACAUACUGGCCCAUGUCUUGGCCUUCAUCCUGUCGCACGGCAACAACCAACUUCUCUUCACCUGGCAGUUGAGCGUCUCCUUUUCGCUCUUUCUCAUCACGGUGGUGCGUCAUGUGCGCCAAGUGCGCAGUCGUCGUCAGGGCCACCACGAUCCUCUACAGGGCGACUACUUCUCCCUAAAGUUCAUCCUAUUGGCCUUGCUCUUUGCCAGCAGCAUGCAAGGCAUAAUGCUGGAGCUUCUCUGCCGCGCCGGAGUUCUCAGUGUGACGGAUAACCCGCACACCCAUUACACCGAAUUGUGGGCACACUGGGCCCUCCAGAUCGAGGUGGGCUUCGUUACCAACCUAUCCGCCUGCAAUCCACUGUACGCCCGCGUGGCCUGGCCAGAACUGUGGCAGCUGGUGAAGACACUCAUUGUAAAGCCCUACUGCAUGUAUGGAGUGGUAAUGCUGGCCAUGUUCUUCCGUCGUUGGCGCAAGAGUGGAGCUCCCGUAAGCGCCAUCAGCGAGGAGCAGCGUGAACGUGCUAGGAAUUAUGUCCUAGAGGAUUUCCUCGAAGAGCAUCGCGUCUCCAUGGGGGAUAUGUCCAAUAAGCAGACAGAGGCCCGCCUGCAACAGUGCUUCCGACUGCUCGACAGCUGUGACCACGACUACGAGAGGUAUAAGCGUGCACAGGCGCGUCUGCGCCAGGAGCCGCCGGCUGCCAGGGACAACUUCAUGCAGGAUAUCCGGCGGCUGAAGGAGCAAAUCCAUCGCAACAGCGACAAGCAGCGUAAGGAGCGCGCCCAGGAAACCAAAGAGGCGGGCGGCGGAGAUGUACCUGAUCCAACGCCCCCCGAGAAGGAGGAUUUGCUCCGCGAGGAUGAAACAGAUAAGGAGGAUCUGACCUCCGAUACUCUGCCGUCCAAGUCCCGCAGCGAAGAUGAGCAACCUGAUCCGGAUGAGAAGGAACAUCCAAUGCCGAGCGGUAAUCAGAGGCGGCCAAAGCGUAGCUCCUCCGCCAGACGCAGUUCUGUAGUGCCCACAACGAAUUCCCAAAUCCUUAGCCUGCACUACGUGUACAGCUUCAUACAGAUGCUCGUCUUCACGAUCGUGGGGCUGGCGGUGCGCAAACUGUUCUUCCUGAGCUUUACCCAGGGCUGCGUUAUAGCGCCCACCAUCUGCUCCAAGGUGUGGUACCACCGCCAGCGGAACAUCUUCUGGUCUGUCUCGCUGGCCGUCUUCCUCCUCAGCAUGUUUGAUCCUGGAAUGGUGAACAUCCGCGAGGAAUACUUCCCUACCAGAUACUCCCAAAGCCCCGAUGACCUGGACAGCAUGCUAGAAUGGAUCAAGCUGAAUACAGAGCGGGAUGCUGUCUUUGCCGGACCGGUGGAAAUUAUUGGCACCGUGCACCUGACCACCAAGCGGCCCAUUGUAAAUCAUGCCCACUUGGAUAUGCGUCAAAUGGCGGAACGCACAGAGCACGUGUAUUCGAUUUACAGUCGACAGCAAUCGUCGGAUAUCUACAAUCAAUGUGCUCGACUGAAGAUCCAGUACUUGAUCAUAUCGCUAGAUGAGUGUACGAAUGAAGUGCGGGAUGACUGCGAUGUGCUGGCCAUUUGGGAUGAAAAGCAGCCGGCGUAUCGAAAGUAUCCACAAUUCUGUCACGAGCUGCUCCACAAGAACGUACCCAGUUUCCUGAAAGUAUACGCCAACGAUCACUACGGUAUCAUCAAGAUGUUCUCCCAGAGCGUCCAGAUCAAUCUGAAGCACAACAAGAUGCCCGAGAUGUCCAUCUAGGAUCGGCAGGGGGCGGGGGGCGGCAGGAGGAACGAUAUAGGAAUGAGAGUGGCUAGGGAAAUGGGUAUAGGUAUGGGAAUGGGAAUGGGUAUGGGGAUGGGGAUGGUGGUAUGACGAUUCGGGGGAAUAACCAUCAUCGACUGUGUUGUGUUUGUCGUAGCUAUGUGACUAAGGAUUAGCGAUUUGCGAUAUAAUUGUGUAUUACGGAUUACGUUUAGUAUUUGCUUGGACUUAUUGCCAGACAUUGGUAAGUCUAUAGCUCCCUUGCUACCUGCUACCGCCACCACCGCCACCCACUGCUCCCAAAUAAUCAACUGGGAGGCCCUUCCGUUAGAUAGCAAUUAAGUGCAUUUAGCAGCUCAACUCGUUUCCGAUUCAGAUUUGGAUUCCGGUUCAGAUCAAAUCAUCCGCUUCCAUUUCCGUUUGGAUCAUUCCCCGCGCCUGCGCCCGUUCGCUCCAGCGUCCUCGCAUUCGCAUAAGUUAAUCCUAGCUAAGUUAAUCUAGCGGACAGACUCUAAACUAUAAUACUUUCGUUAAGUUUAAGCUAAGCUUUUUACAAUUAUGUAUGUAUGUAGUCCUAUAUUUGACGCGUGGUCCAAUGGGGCACUGAAAGGAAGGAGGAAAGGAGACGUGCCCCGAGUCCAUGAUCCCAAAUCCAGACCCAAGAAACAAUGGCAGUUGGCAAAUGUCUAAGGGCAGAAACGUGUCUACAUUUGUCAGAAAAUAAAUAAAAUAUAACAGAGCA